AUGGCCAGACAGAAUCUUCAAUCCAAAUCCAUGAUUGAAGCUGUCACCAACUCUUCCGCAACACAGCUACAACAGGACGUGAUGAUUGUGUUCACUGGCACGCAUCACCAUUAUGUGACGCCAAAGUUCUACACAGAAACCAAGCCUGCGACAAGUAAAGUCGUACCCACGUGGAAUUAUUCGGCUGUUGAAGUAUACGGCAAAGCCACCGUCUACUAUGAUUCAUCUACAUUGGAGACUUCUGACUAUCAGUCCAAGCAAAUCCAUGAUCUGUCGCAGCUGUGCGAAACUUCGAUCAUGGGUUAUACGGGCCAGCAGGGGAAACCUGAGUUAUGGAGCGUAACUGAGGCUCCGGAGAAGUAUAUUGAUACCAUCAAGAAGAAUAUCAUUGGGGUUGAGAUCACGAUUGAGAGUAUUACAGGCAAAUUUAAGAUGAGCCAGGAAUUGUGUCAGGGCGAUCGCGAUGGGGUUAUUGAAGGCUUUAGCAAACUUGAAUCCGAUGUCGGGACACAUAUAGCGGCAAUGGUGAAAGAGAGAGGUGAUAUUCAGGCUUCUGCAAAGAACGGUGCAGUUUUACCUAGUAAAUAG